CAUGGCCGCUUCCGGUCCCGCAUUGUGGCUGGUGCUAGGCUGACCGCGGCCGAGGCCCUGUGCGCUCCUCCCUGUGCAUCUCUCGCCCGCGGCCGCAGAGGGUGCGGCGGCCUCCUGUUCUCGCGCCAUGGAGAAGAGCUCGAGCUGCGAGAGUCUCGGCGCGCGGCCCCCGGCGGCACGGCCACCCAGUGAGGACUCACUGUCCAGUGCUUCUACUUCUCAUUCAGAGAACUCGGUGCAUACGAAGUCAGCUUCUGCUAUAUCUUCAGAUUCCAUUUCAACUUCUGCAGACAACUUUUCUCCUGAUUUGACCAAAGAUGUGACUUACAUAUGUCCCUUCACUGGUGCCGUACGAGGAACGCUGACUGUCACAAAUUACAGAUUAUAUUUUAAGAGCAUGGAACGGGACCCCCCUUUUGUUCUAGAUGCUUCUCUUGGAGUGAUAAGUAGAGUAGAAAAAAUUGGUGGUGCAUCUAGCCGAGGUGAAAACUCUUAUGGCCUGGAGACUGUGUGCAAGGAUAUCAGGAAUUUACGAUUUGCUCAUAAACCAGAGGGGCGAACAAGAAGAUCCAUAUUUGAGAAUCUAAUGAAAUAUGCAUUUCCUGUAUCUAAUGGCUUGCCUCUUUUUGCUUUUGAGUAUAAAGAAGUAUUUCCUGAAAAUGGGUGGAAACUGUAUGACCCCCUUCUAGAGUAUAGAAGGCAGGGGAUUCCAAACGAAAGCUGGAGAAUAACAAAGAUAAAUGAACGCUAUGAAGUUUGUGACACAUAUCCUGCCCUCUUGGUUGUGCCAGCAAACAUUCCUGAUGAGGAGCUAAAGAGAGUGGCAUCUUUCAGGUCACGGGGUCGAAUCCCAGUUUUAUCCUGGAUUCAUCCUGAAAGUCAAGCCACAGUCACUCGCUGCAGCCAACCCAUGGUGGGGGUGAGCGGGAAGCGCAGCAGAGAGGACGAAAAAUACCUUCAGGCCAUCAUGGACUCCAACGCCCAGUCGCACAAAAUAUUUAUAUUUGAUGCUCGGCCAAGUGUCAAUGCUGUUGCCAAUAAGGCAAAGGGAGGAGGUUAUGAAAGUGAAGAUGCCUAUCAAAAUGCAGAACUCGUUUUUCUGGAUAUUCACAAUAUUCAUGUUAUGCGAGAGUCAUUACGGAAGCUUAAGGAAACUCACUGGUUGUCUAAUUUGGAAUCUACGCACUGGCUGGAACACAUUAAGCUCAUCCUUGCUGGCGCUCUUAGGAUUGCUGACAAGGUGGAGUCAGGGAAGACGUCUGUGGUGGUGCACUGCAGUGAUGGCUGGGAUCGCACAGCUCAGCUCACUUCCUUGGCCAUGCUCAUGUUGGACGGAUACUAUCGAACCAUCCGAGGAUUUGAGGUCCUCGUAGAGAAAGAGUGGCUAAGCUUUGGACAUCGAUUCCAACUGAGAGUUGGCCAUGGAGAUAAGAACCAUGCAGACGCAGACAGAUCCCCUGUCUUCCUUCAAUUUAUCGACUGUGUCUGGCAGAUGACAAGACAGUUCCCUACUGCGUUUGAAUUCAACGAGUAUUUCCUCGUUACUAUCCUGGACCACUUGUACAGCUGUUUAUUUGGGACCUUCCUCUGUAACAGUGAACAGCAGAGGGGGAAAGAGAAUCUUCCUAAGAGGACAGUGUCACUGUGGUCCUACAUAAACAGCCAGCUGGAAGAUUUCACUAAUCCUCUUUAUGGAAGCUACUCCAACCAUGUCCUUUACCCAGUAGCCAGCAUGCGCCACCUAGAACUCUGGGUAGGCUAUUACAUAAGGUGGAACCCCCGGAUGAAACCACAGGAACCUAUCCACAACAGAUACAAAGAACUUCUUGCCAAAAGAGCAGAGCUUCAGAGAAAAGUAGAGGAACUUCAGAGAGAAAUUUCCAACCGCUCAACCUCUUCUUCAGAGAGAGCCAGCUCUCCUGCACAGUGUGUGACUCCUGUCCAAACUGUUGUAUGAAAGGACUAUUGUCAGGGGCAUCGUUGCCAGGAAUUUGACAUUACAGCACCUUAGCAGGCUUAGGGUAGAAAGCCUUCUGUGUUUUAAAUCCAUCUAUGGGAGAAACCUUCAGAUGCCGUAUUUAUUUCAAGUCUCUCUUAGAUGAGUUUAGAAACGUCCGCUGCAGGUGACAAUGGAAAUUAUUUCAUUUGUAAUUAAGGUAUGACACUAAUCUUAAGCCACCCAAAGAAUACCAAAGUACUGGAAUUUUGUAUCCAUGCAUGGGAACAAAUUUUUAAUUCAAAAAUGUCUUAAAAAACUGAGUACCUGGCAAGAUCUCUAGGCGGCAGAAAAGCAAGAGCAGCUGUUCUUAUACCCAAGAGCAUAUGUGCUGGGCCUUGUUGGACAUGUCAGAUCAAAAUCACCCUUCUCAAAUUUCCUAAUUUUUGUGGUAUUUAAUAAAGAAAUUAUUAU